GCGUGAGGAAGGGUGGGUUGGCCCCGGGGCGCCGCUGCCGCUCCAUCCUGCGCCAUGGGCUGCGGGCCGUGGGCGCUUCUGGCGCUGCUGUGCGGGGUGGCGGGGGCGGCGGCCCCCCUGCGCUGCAACGUGAGCCUGGACAGCCCGGCCGAGCAGCGCUGGCUGCCCGUGUUGCGGCACUUCGAGCCCGCCUUCCUGCGCGCCGCCGUCCAGCGGAUCAUCGACGAGAGCGUACCCAAAUGGGUUCACCAGGUCAUCCAGCCCAUAGCAGCCGAACUGGAGCUUUUCAUGCCCCAGCCCUUCGCGGGAGAGAUUGCGGGGAUGUGCAAAGCACUUGGAAUCAAGCUCGGAGAUGGAAUCCUGCUCAACUUCGCCUACGAAUCCACUGCGUUCUGUACCAGCAUUGUGGCUCAGGAUGACAAAGGCAACAUUUACCAUGGUCGGAACCUGGAUUACGCUUUUGUCGAUAUAUUGAGCAAGAUCACACUGGAUGUGCAGUUUAUCAAGGGUGGGCAGGUUGCAUACCAAGGCACCACAUUUCUUGGUUACGUCGGCUUAUGGACUGGGCAGAGUCCACACAAGUUCACCAUCUCUGGAGAUGAACGGGAUGGUGGUAGAUGGUGGGAAAAUGCUAUAGCUGCUUUCUUCAAUAGGAAUUACCCGGUCAGCUGGCUUGUGAGAGAUACCCUGAGCGAAGCAGAGGACUUCCAGGCUGCUGUUCUCAGACUGGCUGACAUUCCCAUCAUUGCUGAGGUUUACUAUAUUGUGGGAGGUGUCUCACCCAAAGAAGGCAUGGUCAUAACGAGGAAUAGAAGAGGACCAGCAGAUCUCUGGCCUCUUGAUCCCUUAGGUGGAGCGUGGUUCCGUGUGGAGACAAACUACGAUCACUGGACUACCCCUCCUCCUUUUGAUGAUCGCAGAACUGCAGCCAUCAAAGCUCUCAAUGCUACUGGACAGCACAACAUCAACUUUGAUACACUCUUUAAGGUGUUGUCAGUGAAGCCAGUCUUAAACAAUAACACAGUGUACACUACAGUCAUGAGUGCUGCACUUCCAGAUCGGUACCAGACAUGGAUGAGAGCCGGGGAGUGAAGAGAUGGAAGUGGCAGAGUUCAACACACUGAGUGAGAAGCUGAAGCUGUGCAAGACUAACAUAUGCUUUUAAAAUCACCCCUGGGAGCAGUACAGUGGCUUUGGUUCAUGAAUGAUGUGCACCAUUCAGGAAACAGUGAUUUGUUAACUCUUCAAAGUGUUGCAGGUGAUCCUGUUCAUGACCUGUAAUGGAAGUUUGAAAUUUCCUGUAAUUUAAUUGAUGCUCUAGUAGAUGUUGAUGGGUAAAAAUGGCUUGUACUAUUUUUGGUAUGAGUUGUGCAACUGCGAUGUACUUCUGUGCUGACUAAUAAAUACAUUUUGUAAAUUA